AUGGAGCCCCAUUUUCGGAUUGGAAUUGGAUUUGAUCACUCGACCAAUGAAUACAAGGUGAUUAACGGGCAGCAGAAUGACGAUGGAGUUGUGUUUAGUGUCUAUACAUUGCAGACUGAUUCUUGGCGAAAGAUCGACUGCUUAUUUCCCUACAGAGUUUUAGGACGUUAUGAUGGGAUCCUAGUGAAUGGUGGUGUUCAUUGGUUUGCGAGGAAGGUUACAGAUGAAUCAUUGGUGAUUAUAUCUUUCUCUUUAGCAGAGGAGAAGGUUAGAGAAAUUGAACUACCGCCCAAUAAUGCUUUUACUCAUCGAAUUCAAGUAGGGGCAUUCAGAGAUUGGCUAUGUAUAACAUCAUCAUCAAAAUAUUCAGUCACAUUUAAUGAAUUCUGGGUCAUGAAGAAUUACGGAGUGAGUGAGUCUUGGGCUAAAAUACGGGUCUCCAAACCAUACGAGAAACUAUCCCAUUCCGAUUUUUUGACAAAAUCUCAUGAUCUUAUGAUAUUCAAUAGAUCAUCAUUAGUUAUGUACAAUUUCAAUGACGACACAUAUUGGACUUUAUCGAUUGGCAAAGUCGGUGAAUUUAGAAGUAUUGGCAUCUAUGUGGAGACCCUGCCUGUCUUAACUCAUCGAUCAAGAACAAGAAGUUCCAAGGAAGAUGACAGUGACAUUAUCGAUAGGGCCAUACAAGAAUGGAUAUCAAUUCUCUCGGUGACAUCAUGGGAUAUCAAUUCCCAUUCUUUUAGGCAAAAGCUAAAAGUAGAGUGA